AUGGCUAUUUCCACUGUAUCUCGUCGUGCAUUGACUCACGCCAACCGGGCUCUCCUCGGACGUGCGUUUUUCUCAAGCCGCUCGGCACGACUCAGCGACGAUAAAUCGGCCUUUCCGUUCCGACAGGGCCCUGCACCACUCAGGCUUCCCAAGGAAGAACAAGAAAUCUUCGAGCAGCUUCAGAGACAAUCUACUGGCGCCUUUAGCACCCCUCAAGAACCCCCAAAGAUCAACCAGUCCCCCGAUUCUGAACUCGAGACUCAGGCAGGUGGCGAGGGAGAAGAGGGACUUCAUCGGGACCUGCGAUCUGGACUUCAACCCGAAUUUGAAGGCGAGAAGAAUCCUAAGACUGGAGAAGUCGGAGGACCCAAGAACGAACCCCUGCGAUGGGGUUCUGCGGGUGACUGGAGCUAUGGAGGUCGUGUUACCGAUUUCUAA